CUUGGAAGCAGUGCGAAUGUUGCGUGGAACUUAGCAUUUGCAUUUUGAACUGCUGCAGUGUUGAAGGACACGAGCGCAAUGGAACCAACAUGCCCAGCUAGUUAGUUGAAACCAUCGCUCCAGCAAAUCAGCAAAACUUCACCAAGUUUGGAGUGCCUAUACCAUUGGAACAAUUUCUUUCCACCCACCGCGUUUGAUGGCACUUUUGGCAUCGUUCCACAGAGAACGCGAUGUGGUCAGUGAAUGCUUCGUUUUUGGAACCCCGGGUGUGGGCCCUGGAACCUACGACCCUCUGCUGCCGAAGAGCCGAAGCUGCACCAUGGGCAUUGGGGCUCGCCCAGAGGGUGCCGAUGCAGGCGACACCCCAGGCCCUGGGCAAUACCUUGUGUCACGCCUGGCGAGCGAUCCAGUGGUAGACAAACCGCAGCAGUCGAAGCCAAAUGUCACUAGAAGUUCCUUCCGCUCAACCACAUCCCGUUGCAACCCUCAGAACCCUCGAGAGCCGACCUUCGUGCCAGGAUCUGGUUGGUUCAUUGCUUCAACCAUCUUGGACAAUCCUGGGCCGGGUCCUGACAUCACCCGCCCCAUCGACUUUCGCCCCUUCACAGGCGGGACCUAUGCCCGAAGCAGGCCAGGGAAGCUCGAUUGGGGUGCUGAGCGUGCCAUCCAAGCGGUGAAGGAGGGUGUGAGGCUCCAAACGGAGACGGCCCCCGCAAUUAAGCCCUUGCGGGCUCGGGGCGAGUGGAACUUCACGGGCGAGCCUGGAGAUACUCCAGACCCUGGGGAGUACAGUCCUGAUUACCUCAACAUUGGCCGUGGGAAGCCCGUAGCAAACUUUGAUGCCGCCUGUGAGCGAAAUGGCUCUUGGGGCAAUGUGGCCAUGGCCAAGAACCCGGGGCCGGGAGCUUACGACCAUGAGCCGCCAGAAGGUGCUGGCCACGGAAAGGGCAUAGAGCCCCCCGGCUUUGGGUCUGACUCUGCACAAACAUCUACGCAGUUUUCCUCCAGCAGGCUGCCAGUGGUCUUUUUUUCGAGCUCUUGGUCGCCUGCUUUACUGCCUGGACCGGGCACCUAUGAUCCUGUGAAGGCUUCGCCUUCCAAACAGCCGCUGUCGGGUUUCAAGUCUGCGACCGCGCGCGAGGGCUUUUGGCGGCCCGCUUUCACAGCGCCCUACACUGACCCGGACAACAUGCGGAGUCCUGGGCCUGGGACCUACCCCAGUCACUCCGAGUUCCCGGUGGAGAAGUGCCGCCGGGCACGGAGUGUCCCGGACUUCUUCUCCCGGAAAUACUUUGGAGUGCAGAAUCCCCAUCAGCUCAGAUCCUUGCGAGAGACGGACGGAUCUCGUUUGGCGGGCUUUGACUGCAGUGGCCCACAGCGGCCACCGCUGGUCUCAAAUUCACUGGCAGCUCCUGGAACCUACAACCCAGAUGACUGUCUGGGCCAGUCCAUCUCGGCCAAGCUCCGGCAUUGUGCCAAGAUCGCCCAAGGAGGGGCCUUUGGCAGCACGAAGACGGGUGAACGCUUUCCACCUUCCAGCUUGGCCCCAGGUGAUGAAAGUGUGUCUCCUGGCCCCGCACUGCCGCAUCAAGAUGCCAUGAAGGACGCUGGGGAUGCUGCAGGUGGAUCUUUCAAAUCUGAAGCCCAGCGACUGACUUCGAGGGAGGAGGAGUCACCGGGACCUGGGACAUACGACGUUGUGACCAAGCCCGACUUCCGUGUAGGCUGGAGGAUCGCGAAGACGGAUCACGUGGGCUUUGGCAGCUCUGACGAGAGGUUCGGCGACGCCUGCACCGAUGCGCCGCCUCCCGGUGCUUACGAGCUGGACACCGAUGCGAACAAAGGCUGCUAUGCUUUCAAGGCGACUGCAUCGCGCGGCCUCCCUAUGCCCAAGGUUGCGCAGCGCGGGCUGGAUCCAGGUAUGUACAACACUGCUGGGAGUCUCCUGCGCAAGUCCUUCAACACGAAGGUGGAAGAGGCUGCAUUUCUCCUGCAGAUUCAUGAAAAGAGGCCGCCGCCGCGGGGUCCCUUCCCGUGGGCGGAAGGUUCUACUUGGCGACCGCGACAGGCAUUGGCCCUCGAGGAGAAGGCCAUGGAGUCGAAUGCUUUGAUCGAGGAGACCGGCGCGACCAGUCCAUAAUGGACCCGUUGCGCUGUGGAGGUUGGCUUAAGGCCCUUUGUGAUGGAGGGACUUUCGCAUUGAUGAUCAUUCCAGUUCCAUUCCUGAUAUUUAGGCUUUUUGACAUCCAACAUCCGGUUUGAAUGCUGACUGCUGUAAAGGUAUGUACUGUAUCCUCAACUAGGGCAUUUUAACCGACCUCAAUUGAUGUUUCCAUCGGCUUCUGGCAAAUUUUCCCGUGGGACCGCCCUGACCGCCUCGGCCUUACCAAAUGAGAAGGGUGCCACGAAGUUCUUGAGUUGAUAUUAGCCCACCAGCUGGAGAUUUGUGCGGCCCAACAUGCC